GUCGGUCCGUGCAGCAGGCCGAGCAGGAGACGCCGUGGUUGCCUGGUGUUGCUUCGCGUGUCGUCGCGGUCGUCUCCGGCGACGAAAGGAUGGCGCCCGCUGAGGGAGGCUACGGCUGGUGCAUCGUGGGGGGCUACGUCGUGAACAUGGCCGCUGUCAUCCAGCUGGUGCAGAUGAUGGGCUUGAUCCUGAAGGACGUCUUCAGGGAGCUCGACUUCAGCGAGAGCCAGGGGGCGACCAUCAUGACCACGACGCAGGCCACCAGUAUGACGCUAGGCGUCCUGGCCGGCCCCCUCAUUCGCAGGUUCGGCUUCCGCUGCGUAGCGGUCGCGGGCGCGCUGCUGGCAGUGUCGGGGCUGGCGCUCACCUCCACGGCCAGGACGUUCGCCGAGUUCAUCGUCUACUUCAGCUUCAUCAUGGGCUUCGGCCUCAGCCUCAGCUACCCGUCGUACAUCGUGGCCCUCAACGUGUACUUCAAGGCGCGCCGCACGCUAGCCACGGCCGUCGCCCUGUCCUUGACGGGGGCCUUGGCCAUCCUCACGCCGCAGCUGAUCCGGGCCGCGUCCUGGCAGUUCGGCCCCCGCGCCGCCAUCCUGGUCCUGGCCGGCGUGUCCCUGCACUCGCUCGUCGGCGCCGUGCUGCUGAGGCCACUGGCCCCCGCGCAAGCACAGAUAAAAUCAGCUCCCGCUCAGGAGAUGGCCAUCAAGGAGAGGAAGGACGAUGCUGAGGCCGCGGCCCCGAUGCUGCAGGACACUGAGAAGUCUCAGCCCGGGGAAGCCAAGAAAAGCACGUUCCUGGACACCGUCUCGGGGUUCUUCGUGACGCUGUUCGACCUGGGGCUGGUGCGGGACCCCGCCCUGGUGCUACUGCUGCUUGGCACGUCCCUCGGCCUCUUCACCGACAUCAACCUGGUGCAGUUCCUGCCUUUCAUGUUGCGGGACUUCACCACGGCCGAGGCCUCCGUGUUCAUGUCGGUGUUCUGCGUCACGGACACGGCGUGCCGUCUGGUCGCCCCGGCGCUGCACCGCCUCGUGGGCCGUCCCAGCCGCGUCAUGUACAUGGCCACGCUGGUGGUCUUCAUGGCCACCCGGACGGCCCUGCUCCUGUGCCGCUCGUACGAGGCCGUGAUGGUGGCCAUGGUGCUGAUCGGUGCCAGCCGCGGCAUCAACGUCGUGUUCCUGCAGGUGCUCAUCCCGGACAACGUGCCCAUCCAGAAGCUGCCCGCCGUGCAGGGGCUGUACCUACUGGUGUGCGGCAUCGUAUUCACCUCGGCCGGGCCCGUCAUAGGGUGGCUGCUGGGCAGGACGGGGGACUACAACGUCAUCCUCCUCGUGCUGGUGGCCAUGAACGGCCUGACGCUGGUCAUGUGGACGGCGGAGUACGCGGCGAGGACGCUGUGGGGCACCAGCAGUCCGGCCGCAGCCGCGCCCUGACCGCCAGCGGACACCGAAGUCCCCCCCGACGCCGUCCCCGCCACAGCCAUGCCAUUGAUCUCUGUUCAUCCAUCAGUCACAAACGAGUCUAUAAAAACAAGAAGCCGACCGGUGCG